GACUGUAUCUGUUCAGUAAGGGGGUUCCACGGUAAGUCAUUACACUUUUAGCGUGCGCAGGAUUGUCGGUCUUCCAUCAGUCCCUCAUCAGAGGCAUGGAGCCAACAUCAGAAGACGCCCUUAGGUAUGUCCAGGCCAAGACAAAGGAUGGUCCCUUUCUAAUUGUCUACGACAAUAUAAAUAUGGCUCACCACAAGCACAACCAAAGGCUCGACAACCGGGACUCGUUUGAGAGCGGGACUGCAGCAACACUCAUUGCCACAGGCGUAGCUGCAGAAGGAGAGGGACGCACUGAACCUGCUCACUGUCUCCAGUUUGAACAUUUAAUGCCUACGCUAGCAAACGAAAAGCACCUUCGAAAGACAAUGCGGUCCCACCUAGUCAGUGUUCUGCAGAGAAGCUUUAAGAGCUAUAAAGAGGUGUCGAUACCUGUUCCAUCGAAGUUGCUACUUCCAGUCAAAAAAACGGAGGUUUUUCCAUUGCCAUCAAUGCACAUCAACCAGGCCACGAUUGACGGAAACAAGGAUGUCCUAGAAACUGUUAUGGGACACACCCUUAAUAUACCCAGCGAGUGGUUUGACGGAAAGAGGAUAUUAAUUGCUGGCGACCAGCUUACAGCUUACAGUGAGCAGGAUUCGUUCAUUAAAAAGGCAGCGUUGCGACGACGUUUCAACCUACCAUAGGUUGGAGUGGGCGGUCCCUAUCAUACAGCUUUUUCAUCUGCAAAUGGUACUUUCUUCAACAAUCUUACGUACCCACUAUGGUGACAUAGGAAUCCCUGGAUCAUUAGCAUACUAUGCAGCAAAGCUAAGGCGAAAGCGUGUCGCUCUUGAUCGGUUUGAUUUUCAUGCAGUAAAUGAGCUUCUCCUUCACACAUUCGGUGCAAUGGCAAUUCGCGUAUGGGAGCUUGUCCAGGAAUGUGAAGACUUAGAUGAGGGCUCUAUGUUUCUUCUUGUAGAUGUGCUG